AUGGUGGCUAAAGGUUCUGAUACCAAAUUUUCAAUAACAUUGAACAGAAAAGAUGCUCUCACAGAAGAUCAGAAGACCUUAGCUUCAUAUGGGAUUGUUUCUGGUGAUUUGAUAUGCUUAUUACUAGAAGAAGCAGAUGGACAACCCAACCUACCUCCUCCUUCUACUCCUCCCCCACUUGAGAAUGGUCAUGAGCCAUCCACCUUGAUCCCCAACAAAAGUCAGGCCAACAGGCUGAAAGAAGAAGGGCAGAAUGAGGAAUCUGACAACCAGAAAGCUCAGGUGGAAGGUCAAAAGAGUGACAAGACGGCAGGAUCCAGCCUAGAAUUUCCUUCUGGAUUAGUCCCAGAAGAUGUUGACCUGGAAGAAGGUACAGGUUCUUAUCCCUCCGAACCCAUGCUGUGCAGUGAAGCCGCUGAUGGUGAAAUACCACAUUCCUUGGAGAUGCUCUACCUUUCUGCUGAGUGUACCAGUGCCACUGAUGCCUUGAUCGUUCUAGUACAUCUUCUCAUGAUGGAGACAGGCUAUGUACCUCAGGUAGGUGCACAACCAAUCGGGAAAUUUCUUGGUCAGUGUGAGAAAGCUGUGAAAUAUCGUGGGAAUGUGUGA